AUGACAGUAUCCACCUCUCCGCCUACCGCGCAGUGGACACACGAGCUCGUCGACGUAGCUAUCGUCGGUGCGGGCUUCAGUGGCCUGGCGGCUGCCAAAGAUCUCGUCGCUGCUGGCAAAUCCGUCCUUGUUCUCGAAGCCCGAGAUCGAGUCGGCGGAAAGGUCUACGACGUGGAGGUGAAAGACGGAAACGGCCACAAAGUCGAAGCAGGCGCUGAAUUUGUCUGCAAGAACCACAAAAGGCUUCUUACUCUAGCCACUGAGCUAGGCAUCAAGACGUUCCCGACAUACAUCGAGGGCAACAUGCUCAUGUGGAUACCCAAUCAGGGCCCUCUCCUCUAUGAUCCUGUCAAGACGCAGGGAUUGCCACCACUAUCUGAAGAGGAUAUAGCGAUUCUUACUGAUAUCACAGUCCAGUUUAAUGAGAUGGCGAGUGAGAUCGACGUGCAUCAACCGUGGACGCACCCUAAAGCAAAGGAAUGGGAUCGUCUCACCCUGUCAUCAUGGCUCGAUGGCUUUACUCGUGAUGGUGUAGCGCGAGGCGUGAUUGAUAUGACGAACAGAGCUGUCAUGUCAGCGGAAGGCGAAGAUGUUUCACUUUUGAGCGCUGUGAUCAAUGUCGCGAGAACUGGAGAUGCGGAAACAAAGGGUCGAAUGGAGAUGUUGACCAACGUCAAGAAUGGAUCUUUGGAAGAGAGGAUCGAAGGCGGACCGCAGAACAUUGCUAUCAAAUUGGCUGAGCGUCUUGGUCGUAAGACUGUCCGCCUUCAAGCACCUGUUCGACAGAUCCUACAGAACGACGAUGGUUACCUUGUCGUAGGUGAUUCAUUCCGCGUUCAAGCACACAAAGUCAUCAUCGCUAUCCCCCCAACACUCGCAGGUCGCAUCGUCUACCAGCCUCCUCUCCCUGCCGCACGAGACCAGCUCUGCCAGAGGGUCCCAAUGGGUUCCAUCGGAAAAGUCAUCGCAAUCUACAAGACCCCAUUCUGGCGCGACCAAGGUCUCAGCGGUGAAGUCGCAAGUCUCGAGGGUGUAUCCCAAUCCACAUUCGACAGUUCCCCACCCGACGCAAGCUUCGGAGCCAUGAUGGGCUUUCUAGAAGCUAACGAGAUGCGAAGACUCGACGAUGCCUCUGAAGAAGAGAUCUUUGCUGCUGUGACAGAAGACUUUGUAAGAUAUUUUGGUCCCAAGGCGAGGGACGUCCAGUCUUGGGUACUGCAGAGAUGGGACAAUGAGGAGUUUUCGAGAGGUGGUCAUACGGGAUUGUUCCCGCCGAAUGUCUGGACUCAGUUUGGGCCGGCGCUGACGAAGCCGGUUGGGGGGAUUUAUUUUGCUGGGACUGAGGCGUCGAGCUAUUGGGCGGGGUUUAUGGAGGGUGCUGUUAUUGCUGGUGAGGCGGCAGCCCGGAAGGUACUGAGCAGCCCGUGA